AAGCCUUUGCGUCGCUUGCAUCACCACUGCCUGAAAACAAACCUGGAUUGCAAGAGAGGAGCUCGCCGGCAGGCCAAGUGAAUGAAAUCGAACAGCAUGGCUUGAUUUCUGAAGGGGUUGGAUUGCUAAAAAUCAUGGGGAACCAAGAUGGAAAGCUAAAGAAAAAUACAGGUGAUGUAUGUGAAGGAGGAGAGGAUGCUUCUGGGCCCAAGGAUACAGAAGGCACAAAGAAAGGAGCAGGAAGCAAAAAGGGACUGGGGAAGCAUGGUAAAGGAAGUGAAUCUGGCAAAAAGAAGGGUAAGUCAGACUCUAAGGCCUCCGUGUUUUCAAAUCUGAGGAUUAGGAAAAAUCUGUCCAAGGCUAAAGAUGAGACCAGUAGUUCAAGAGAGGAUGUCUUAGAAAGCCAGGCCUUGCAUACAGGGGAGCUGGACAGUGCUCAUUCAAUUAUUAACAAAACUCCGGAUAUAAGCAUUUCUGCAGAUGAAGCAGGUCUCUCGGAUACAGAUGUUGAGCAUUUUGAAAUUACAAAUGAAACUCGCCCAGCUGCUGCAGAGGCGCAGGAUGGACAAAGGACCAGCUCUGGCUCCGAUACAGAUAUAUACAGUUUCCAUUCAGCCACAGAACAAGAGGAUUUGCUUUCUGAUAUCCAGCAAGCUAUUAGACUGCAGCAACAGCAGGGGGCAAUUAACAUUGGAACUGAGGAGCAUGUCACCAAAACAAUGGACCCACGCAUGGCUAAUUCUCAAGAGGCCCCCUUAGAUCUUGAACGGUUUCUUUCAGUGACUAGCAGUGACAAAGAGAGUAGCCCAGAAACUGAGCAGGCUGUCUCAGCAAUAUCUGAAAUUACAGAAAACAUUCCCAUCAGUGAAAUUGAAAGUGAACUGAAAGAUACAGCAAAUGUCACAGGGUACGCUGGUAACUAUUUAUGUGAAACACAAGAACACAAGCUAUGGGCUGCUCAACAGGAACAUCUUGAGGCUGGAGUGAAUGCUGUAGCUAGUGAACUCAAGGAUUACCCACAUUUAAAUGUAGCAGUGACAGAAAAUGGGUCUCACAGUGACAGUUCUGUGUUCCAUUUUCUGUUCCCAGCAGCAGAUUCGGAGACUAAAAUUAAUGAAGUACAAGCUGUUGAUUUCCCAGGGUCUGGAAUAGAUGACGAUUUUUCAGAUGCAGGCCAUGACCAUGCUGCUGAGACUCAGGAAGGCAAAUGUAGUCUAUCAGCCAGCCAAGAGGCACUGGAGAGUGAUGUUUCUACUGAAAUGAAAAAUGGCACUUUGUCAUCUGGGGAGAUAGUGGGCAGUCCUCAGCUCAGUUCCCGAUGCUUUAAGCCCUACUUAAUUAACCCAUGUUACAUCAAAACCACAACUAGGCAGCUGAGUUCUCCCAAUCAGUCACCUUCUCUUUCCCCAUCCCAGAGCCCACUUUUUAAGAGAAGACAUGAGUCCUUCCAAAGAAAAGAGAAGGCAUCAGUCAAGAAGCAAAGGUCCGUCAGUUUGGCUGGUUAUUUCAGUCGAUCAGCAGACUGGACAGAAGAGCUAUCUGAUCACAAAGGUGAAAUAUCUAAAAAGGUUGGCUCUGCAGACUUCUUGGAGUACAGGAGGUCCAGGGAGAGACUGCAAGAAGCAAAAGAGCCUUUGACUCACUCAAGAAAAUCCUCAGGGAUCCAGGCUUCUACUGAUACCUUUCCAAAUGUCUUUACAGGGCGAACUCUUCUGGAAAAACUGUUCAGCCAGCAGGAGAAUGCCCCACAGGAAGAAGCAGAAAAACUAUGUUCUAGGAUCAUAGCGAUGGGGCUCCUACUUCCUUUCAGCGAUUGCUUCAGAGAACCAUGUAAUCAGAGUGCGCAGCAGAGCACGCCCACAUUUGAUAGGGGCAAGAAGGGUUACAACACUACAGAAUAUCUGCAGAAUGCAUAUUCCAAUGACAUUGUAAAACGGCAGCAAAUAAACUGCAAACUGGAGCAUACCGGAACAGGAACUAGCAUACUCUUCGAUUGCGUGAGAGGAAGUAGGCAAAAAAUAGCUGAAUUAGAAAGAGAAGCUGCUGAGAGACGAAAGAUAAGGAGGCUUGAUGAGACAGAGAAGAAAAAGCUAGUAGGGCGUCUGGAAUUACUGGGCUGCGAGAGAAAGCUUGACAGAGGCACAGAGAUCCACAAGUGCAACACGAACUGCCAGACUUCAGCUCCAACGUCAAAGAAGCAAAGGAAGAAAUAA